GAUGUCUUAGACAUCACGAGGAUACUAUACAAUUUUAAGGAUAUCAUGAUGCCUAGAAAUAUAAUCUGGUCCGUCUAAUGGAACACAGAGACAGAAAAAUUUCGAAACAGAGGAUCCGAACUACUUUCUUUGGCAACUAGUAAAGAAGCUCCCUUGCCGAGAGAAAACCAACCAACAGAGCAAGGAAGAGAUACCAAACCAUUGCCCAAGCCACUACUUUGCCACCGAUCCAAGGUUUCCCCGCAUCACAAAAAGAACAACAAAUCGUGCCCUCGAUGUCGUUCCCCGCAGUUCGUGAUGCCACAGCUCAUCUCUGACCAAGGACGGCACACCAAUCCGUUAGUCUGGCUAGCUGCGAUUCUGUGCAGUGUCCUAGCGAUCGCUGUCAUCGCCGGCGGGAUAGUGGUGUUCGCCAUCUACAUGAUCUACAAGCCCAGAGCGCCUUACAUAAAAGUGGCCUACGCGCAACUCAGCAGGCUGGAUUACGACCAGUCUGGCCUCCUUGAGAUCGAGAUGGCCUUGGCUCUGGUAGCGGAGAACGACAACGAGAGGGUCCACACUAGCUUCUCCGACCAGAGCAUCCUCCUCCAGUUCCAUGGAAUCGAUGUGGCCGCGCUGCAGGCUGAUCCAUUUGAGGUCGCCAAGAACAGCUCUGUGGAUCUGAACUAUCUCUUCCGGUCGGGGCCGCUCCCGCUGGACGACAGCGCAAUGGAGACCAUGGACGUCGCUCUGAAGCGGGGAGUUGUGCCAAUCGAGCUCAACGGGCACGCCAGAACAAGAUGGAGAGUGGGGGUUUUCCUCUCCCUGAGGUCCUUAGCCCACCUCCAUUGCAAACUCCGCUUCUUCUGGCCCAAUGGCAGUGCCAUCGACUUGGACUGCACCUCCAGAGCCCGCUGAUGACACCUGACUUCAUAUACAUUUGGCUAUUGCCUUGUAGAUUGUUUAUUGGAUUCAAGUAGGAAAACAAGUAGUACAGAGUAAGGCAAAGAAAAUAUUAUAGAUGAAUCGUUUUCCACUGCCAAAUGAUAUGAUGUUGGACAAGCAAUCACCUACAAUCGGACCUUAAUAGGUACAUUUAAUGGUAGUACCCUCAUCCAUAGCACACAUCUCUACACUUGAUAGAAAUCAGAUUCACGUAUUCAACAAUAUAAUCUAAAAGAAAUA